GCGGCCUGGGAGGGGUGUCGUUUUAAAAUCUCUCACAUGCCCAGCCCUUCCUCCCAGGAAUGUUUGUUCCUCACUGUAAACUUACGGCCGUUGGGAUUUUUUGACGAUCGUCGUCAAACUUACUCGGGAAAGCUUCCUGCGAGUGGCUCCUGGGCCAGGCAUUGCUCCGGGGGUGUUCUUAGCGUCAGUUUUUGUUUUAAAGUAAGAAGACCUAGGAGAACCAGAUUCUGAAUAGAUUUAAACAGCAGUAGUAGAAGUCAGACUGCAAGCAUUGGAAUAAGAUUUUUGCAGAAGAACAUUGUGCAUCAUGGAUUCUCUUCCAGAAGAAUUUUUUGUGAGGGAUCUUUCUGUGGAGGAGGAGACUAAGGAAGAAACUAAGAAUAAGGUAGAAAAGUUAACUGAUCAACUGGAUAAACAGGAAAAGGACAUACCUUCUAAUCUUAUGCCUGUUAACCUACUAUUAGAGGUGAAAAAGUUAUUGUGUACAGUUAAUAAUCUACCAAAAGGUGUGGUCCCUUACGUUGAGAAGUUUGUAGAAGAAAAUUUUUCUUUCCAAACUGUACAGAGAGAAGUUGCAGCUAACAGCCAGAAUGGGGAGGAAAUAGUUCCUGCUUUGACUAUACGUUUCUUGAUAACACAACUGGAAGCAUCACUUAGGAACAUUCAAGCUACUAAUUAUACUGCACAUCAGAUUAAUAUUGAUUAUUAUUUGACAUUACUGUUCUUGUAUGGAUUAGCACUCACUGAAAGAGGAAAGAAAGAGGAUUAUACGGAAGCUGAGAAUAAGUUUCUAGUGAUGAAGAUGGUGAUCCAAGAAAAUGAAAUUUGUGAAAACUUUAUGUCUUUAGUUUAUUUUGGACGUGGUUUGCUUCGAUGUGCUCAGAAGAGAUAUAAUGGAGGACUGCUAGAAUUUUAUAAAAGUUUACAAGAAAUAAGUGAUACAAAUGAUCAUUGGUUUGACAUAGAUCCUACGGAAGAUGAAGAUUUACCUACAACUUUUAAAGAUCUUCUCAAUAAUUUUAUCAAGACAACUGAAAGUAAUAUAAUGAAGCAGUCCAUUUGUAGUUAUCUAGAUUGUGAACGAUCUUGUGAAGCUGACAUUUUAAGGAACACCAAUUAUAAGGGAUUUUUUCAAUUAAUGUGCAGUAAAAGUUGCUGUGUCUAUUUUCAUAAAAUUUGUUGGAAAAAGUUCAAGAAUUUAAAAUAUCCAGGUGAAAAUGAUCAGAGUUUUAGUGGGAAAAAAUGUUUGAAGGAAGGAUGUACAGGUGACAUGGUAAGGAUGCUACAAUGUGAUGAACCUGGAAUUGUUAAAAUUUUGUUUGAAGUUGUGAGAAAGGAUGAAUAUAUAACCAUUGAAAAUUUAGGAGCAAGUUAUAAAAAGUUGUUGUCUCUGAAAAGAACUGAUACUGAUAUAAGACCGAAGAUCAAUUUAAAAUUUAGCACAAAAGAUGAAAUGCCUAUCUUCAAACUUGAUUAUAAUUAUUUCUAUCAUCUGCUUCAUAUAAUUAUUAUUUCUGGUACUGACAUUGUCCGGAAAAUAUUUGAUGAGGCUCUGCCACCCCCUCUUUUGAAAAAAGAGCUCCUUAUUCACAAGAAACUGCUGGAACCCUACUACAAACAUCUUUGGACUAAUCACCCUUUGGGUGGAGCAUGGCAUCUGCUUUAUCCCCCAAAGAAGAAGCUACCACAAUCCAAACAAUUUGACUUAUACCUCCUAUUAGCUCUCAUAAAACAUUUGCAUGUAUUCCCUGCACCUAAAAAUGGCUGGAAUAUGGAACCACCAUCUUCUGAUCGCUCUAAGUCUGCAGACAUCCUGAGACUGUGCAAAUACAGGGAUCUCCUCCUUAGUGAGAUUUUGAUGAAUGGUCUCACUGAGUCACAAUUCAAUUCAAUUUGGAAAAAAGUUUCUGAUACUCUUCUGCGCCUUGGAAUGAAGCAAGAGGAUAUUGACAAAGUGAAGGAGAAUCCCAUUGAGAAUAUCUCCCUUGAUUACCAUCAGCUGUCCAUCUACCUAGGUAUACCAGUACCAGAUAUCAUCCAGAGGAUGUUAUCCUGCUAUCAACAAGGACUUGCUCUACAGUCAAUAACCGGCAGUCAACAUAUUGACAUAGAAGAAUUACAAAAUGAGGAAGAAGAACUAAGUCCACUUCUCAUGGAGUAUAAUAUAAAUGUGAAAUCAAACCCUGAGAUACAGUUAGCAGAAAUGAAUAAAGAUGGUGCAUCAAUACCUAGUGAAUCUUCAACAGAAUCUAUUAAGGAUCUCCAGGAAGUUAAGAGUAAACUAAUGAAAAAGAAAAAGACUAAAAGUAAAAAGAAUAAGGAAUCAAAAGAAGAACAAGUCCCAAAUAUGGUAGGAAAGGAAGAGCAUUUGAAGAAAGAGCAAGCAAAUCUACACCCAGUAGAUAUAAGUGGUAUUCAAGAAGAUUCCACAACUGAAGGAAAGUUCUAUAGCCUGGAUGAAUUGCAUAUUCUGGACAUGAUAGAGCAGGGCUCAACCUGUAAGGUAUCUGCAGAAUAUGAAGAAAUUUUGAAGGAAAAGCUUGCUCGACAACAGCAGCUUUGUAAAUUGCGCGCUCAAUGUGAAGGCUUUGAGAAGCAGUUGAAAAAAGUGAUAAUUCGGUUGCAAGAAAACCAUGUACAUAUUAAAAAGAGAGAUAAAAUCAUCGCAUCUCUUAAUCAACAAGUGGCUUUUGGAAUCAAUAAGGUUUCCAAAUUGCAGCGUCAAAACCAUGCUAAAGAUAAUGAGAUCAAGAACCUUAAAGAGCAACUUUCCAUGAAAAGAUCUCAGUGGGAAAUGGAGAAGCUUAAUAUGGAAACCACAAUUAAAACAUAUUUAAGCAAACUGAAUGCAGAAACUAGUAGAGCUUUAACAGCUGAGGUGUAUUUCUUACAGUGUCGUAGAGAUUUUGGUUUGCUUCAUCUAGAGCAGACUGAAAAGGAAUGCCUCAGUCAUCUUGCCAGGGUGACUCAGAUGGCAGCAAGCAACCUAGAAUCACUUCAGUUAAAAGCUGCAGUAGACAGUUGGAAUGCCAUUGUGACAGAUGUCAGAAACAAGAUUGCAUUCCUUAGGACACAAUACAAUGAACAAAUUAACCAGGUGAAGCAAGGAUUUGCCUUGAGUACCUUGCCUCCAAUCCAGCUUCCUCCACCACCACCCAGUCCUGAGAUACUGAUGCAGCAGUUCUUGGGAAGACCCCUUGUGAAAGAAUCUUUCUUUAGACCCGUAGUCACUGUUCCUCGAAUGCCUGCCAUUUGUCAUGGAGCCAUCUCUGCACCUGGCCAACCUAGACCCCCCCUGAUGUCUGGCCUAACCUGGACUAUGCCGGCGCCUAUGGGAGAGGCUGUGUCUCCUAGUGCAGGUCUGGGAAGUGAUCCUCCCAUGAUGAAUUGGGAGAGGAUUAUAGAUAGAUUGAAAACUGCCUUUCCACAACAGAGCAGAAAGGAGCUUACAGAUUUCUUACGAAAAGUGAAAGAUGCUCAUGGGAACUCCUCACCCGGUCUGACAUUUGAUGUCAUUGUUUACAAGAUUUCUCAAUUUAUUGACCCCAAGAGAUCUCAGAGCCUUUCAAGAAAAACUGUAGCAGGCCCAGACUGCCUGCAGCUGGCUGAUUCCUCAACAGUAUGUCAGUUUGGCAGGAGUCAAGGAAAAUCAGUGCCAAGUGGUAGUUGUGUUUCACAUAGCCAUCCUCCACCACAGUCCAAUGCUGCCCAGCCCCCAAAACCAGCCUGGAGGCCUCUCAGUUCACAAGGUCCUGUCACGUGGGAAGGAGCCAAUAAUUUGGAUGAUGAGGGAGAGGAAGAAGAGCCUUGUGUGAUCUGUCAUGAGAAUCUCUCUCCAGAAAACCUCUCAGUUUUGCCUUGUGCUCACAAAUUUCACUCUCAGUGCAUUAGACCUUGGUUAAUGCAGCAGGGGACAUGCCCAACCUGCAGGCUCCAUGUUUUGCUACGAGAAGACUUUCCUGGUCACUCCAGCCGGCACUUGUCUAAGAUCUGAUACAAGGGACUAUGCAAAGGGAGUUUUUAGACUCCACAAUUUAGUUUUGCCUUUUGUUAUGAGCUUACAGUGUGAAGCAGUACACUCCUCAGUUUUGUACAAAAGAAGCUAACCUGAUCAAAGCUGCAGCCAAAGAGGACAGGACAAAUCUUCAGGACUGUGAACUGAAUGAAAGGGCUUAAAGACGAUGGAAUUUUAAAGGUUACAUCCAUUACAUUUGAUCUUAUCUUAGUAGGUAUUUUCUUCUACAUAAAAAUGGUUACUUAGCAUAUAUCUCAGGAUGUCUUUUCUUGUCAUUUUUCUUCCCUUAUUCCAUCAUACUUUACUUUCCCUCAUUAUACUUCAUUUUAAUUUCCUGAAAUAAAUUUAAGCAAGAGAAAAACUGGAAUAUUAAAAGAAGUAGGAAAUUUGCACAGAUUUUAGCAUUUCUUUUAAUUUUUGAAACUGCUUACAAAAAUGUAAUUAUUUAAAUUUUAUCUCUAUCUUCCCUAUUCUUUUUUAUUCUCUAACAUAUGUACCCAUGAAGAAGUUAUGAGCUACUUGUGGACCAUACAGUGGUGUGUUUGAACUGUCUUACAAUGGCUUGUGAGAGAUGAUUGUUAAAGUUUCAGGAAUUUUGUGAGCCAAUUAUCAAAUUGUUGGUAACUUGAAAUUUGUCUGUAGUGGGAGUGUUUACCCCAUAGAAAUUGUCAAAUGCUCUAAUUACGUGCUUUUCCUCCUCUCAAGAGCUGGUUGUUAAACACAGUACACCAUUGGGACCAUGUCUGACCCUUCUUUGUGUUCCCAGUGUCUUGCCCAGUAGGUGCAGCAUAAAUAUUCCCUGAAUCAGAAAUAAGGAAGUAGUAAGAAAAGGAGUUAAUGUGUGAAUUAACUCACUUGCUCAGUUGAAUAAUUGAGAUCUUAUAUCCAUUUGUUGUAAAUAUGGUCUUAUGCCUUAAUCAUUUAUGCUUGUAGGAAUAUUGUUUUUCUGCCUUAAGUAUCUAAUUUCUCUUUCUGAUGCAGGGGGGUGUGGGGCACUGUUUGUGUAUAGUUGCUUCUUUUGACAGACUCGAUACCCACUGGGUUAAGUUGCAUAUCUAAAGCUUGUCACUGAGAGCUUGUAUUCUUAGAAGUCAAAACCAUAUUGUGUAAAUGCUGUAUGUUUACAUGUCUCCAGUUACAAAAUUAGAAUAAAUCAGUUACUUUGUAAGACAAAUAUCACUUGAUUCAUAUUUUUCCAUAAUUAGUGAAAUAGAGACUGUACAUGUGUCCCUGACUUAGCAAGUGUUCUUUUGAAUAUUUCAGUGUAAAUGUGUAUCUUGAAGUUACUUCAGAUCUCUAUUUAAACUUCUUUCUGUAAUGAUAUGCUGUUUCUUCUGUAAUGAGAA